AUGCACAUGAUGCGAAAACUCGCACCCACAGGAAUCGCUGCUGCUGAAAUUGGCGGCAUGACAAUCCACUCAUUUUUAGGUGAACAACGUAAUUCGGGAAAGCCGCGCACCAUCAAACCAGGUGAUUCCAAACUUGAAAAACAAUGGGGACUCGUUGAAUACCUCCUAAUCGAUGAGAUGAGUAUGGUUGGUUUAACUCUACUUGGAAAACUCAAUCGAAUUAUGUCCGCUGCCAAACAUGUCGAUCCUCAAAUUCCAUUUGGUGGCAUAAACGUCAUAUUCUUUGGUGAUUAUUUACAGUAUCGACCAGUAUAUGAUACACCGUUGUACACUGACUUUUCACAGCCCUCUAAAACCAAAUCAGGUCAAUUACUUAGUGAAAAAGAAAUUCAACAACGCGCUGCACGUUCCCUGAUACUUCAAAUUAACUAUGUGAUCAAACUUAGUCAGCAGAUGGGAACAGACGAUGAGCGAUACCGUGAAUUACUCGAACGGCUUCGUCAAGGUGACUGUAAUUUGCAAGAUUAUGAAUUAUUGUUAACACGCGUCGUUGGUCAACCAUCGGUCAGUUCUCUUCGCGAUUCACCAUGGAACGAAGCUCCCAUUUUAGCAUUUCGAAAUGAAGUACGAACACAAUUAAACAACAAAGCAGCAGUUCACAAUGCAGCACAACUAGUUUACCAGCCAAUGGUAUGUGUCGCUCAAGAUACCUGCAAAGAAAAACUAAUUGAAGAUCUUAUACUUAUGAAAAAAGUAUUGGAAUUAUCUGACAGCAAGACGGAACACUUACCCGGUUUGUUGCCGUUCGUUCCUGGGAUGCCAGUUAUUUUAAAACAAAAUCUUGCUAUUGAACUGGGUCUUAUUAAUGGUAUAAAUGGAAUAUUUCGACAAUUAGUGUACCAGGCUGAUUCUGUGUCAACAGAUGCUCUGUCUAACACAUUUCCGAACAACACACAGUAUGUGCAUCAACCUUUAUAUGCAUUAAUUGAAAUUGCUAGAUUUGAAAUUUGA